AUGGGAUACAAUUUACCAGGAGCUGCUGCGUCUUCGGCAGGUGAAUCGCGUUGUGGAGAGAGGAAACAUACCGCUGAAAGUAUCUGAGGGAUCUUCCUCAAAGCCAGCACAGCGACAAAACUUGGAUUACUACCCUUUGUGCCGAAUAAUGUAGGAGAUGAACACGGCGUUCUUGAAAUAGCUGAAAGACCGAUGCAGGUGGGAAAUGUCAUGCUAUUAAAGUUGUUCGUUUCCUAUCGAUUCAGUUUGUGGUCUUGCACGCAGCAGACGCAUUCGGCAGGAGAUCGAUACGGAUUUUCUUUCUGGCGUGCAACUUUUGGACUUUUAUUUUGUCACUGUGCAUCGAUGAAGUGAGGAGUCAUCGAGGAUCUCUGCAACCGAUAAAGAAUUGGCUGAAAGAAAACUACGCAUUUAUUUCCGCGUCUGCGUAAUCGCGGAAUAUUUUCUUGGAAGAGAAUUUGCUUGGGAAUCACUCGGAUCUGAAACUAGCAUUCACUCACCAGUCAGUUGCUUAACAACUAGGUACACACAGUUGAAGUUCACAAUUUACUUGCACGGUAGCUCCAUGUACAAUGUCGUGAAGGGACAUCUGAGAUUGGACAGAAGCUGAAGGGUCCAGGCCAAUAAAGGAGAAUGGGAUAUAUAUUGAUCAUUUGUGGUACAAAAUUGUCCGAAAGGAUUUAACCUUAAAGCAACGCCGGGAGUGAGUGGCAGAACGAGGAUGACAGACGGGGCGCGGGACGUGCACAUACAUUCCUCUCCAGCGGUGGCAGCGAACGCAGAGGGAGAUGAGAUCGAGGUUUUGGAGAGUACAGAUGUCCUUCCCGUGGCCCCAGAGGACCAAUGGAAGUCUCUUUUCGACAAGUUUGACCCGGAGAGCUCCGGCUUCAUCAGCACAGAGCGUUUCCGGGACCUGCUGGCCGCCCACGGCUCUGAGCUCGACCCGCACAAGCUGGAGGUUCUGCUGGCGCUGGCGGACGGGAACGCCGACGGAAAGAUCUGCUACCAGGACUUUGUCAACCUGAUGAGCAACAAGCGCUCCAACAGUUUCCGGCGAGCCAUCCUGCAGGGCGGGCGGCAGCUGAAGGGGACGUCCCUGAAGGAGGAGGUGGGGCUGGGCCUGUCCCAGCGGCUGGUGCGGCACAUCGCCUACGAAACGCUGCCCCGCGAGAUCGACCGCAAGUGGUACUUCGACAGCUACACCUGCUGCCCCCCGCCCUGGCUGAUCCUGGCCAUCACCAUCGCAGAGGUGGCGGUGUUCAUGUACUAUGGCCUGCAGCUGGACCGCUGGGUGUUGCAGGUGUCCCACCCCAUGUUUGUGAAGGGGCCGCUGCCGUACCACCCCCAGCUGCGUGCACAGGCCUGGCGCUACCUCACGUAUGUCUUCAUGCAUGCAGGGAUAGAACACCUCGGGCUCAACAUGGCCAUGCAGCUGCUGGUGGGGGUGCCUCUGGAGAUGGUCCACGGGGCGCUGAGGAUCGGCCUGGUCUACGUGUGCGGGGCGCUGGCAGGCUCCCUGGCUGUGUCCGUGGCUGACAUGACCGCCCCAGUGGUGGGGUCCUCAGGAGGGGUCUACGCCCUGGUCUCCGCACACCUCGCCAACGUCGUCAUGAACUGGAGCGGGAUGAAGUGCCAGUUCAAGCUGUUCCGCAUGGCCAUGGCCCUGGUGUGCAUGAGUGUGGAGUUUGGCCGUGCCGUGUGGCUCCGGUUCUACCCCCCAGCCUUCCCGCCUUGCCCCAACCCCAGCUUUGUGGCCCACCUGGGUGGGGUGGCGGUGGGCUUGACCCUUGGGGUGGUGGUCCUCCAGAACUACGAGCAGCGUCUGCAGGAGCAGUCUCUUUUCUGGAUCUUCUUCUCCGUCUACACCCUCUUCGUCCUCUGCGCUGUCUUCUGGAACAUAUUUGCCUACGGUCUGCUGGAUGUCAAGUUACCUCCCACCCCCUGAGGAAGAGUGUAUUUUCGGGUGGGGCGCAGGGUUGCACCCCAGUAUGGCGCUGAGAGGGUACCAUCCCGACGUGCCUUCUCCCACCUAAGACAGCCAGGGAUGGGGGAGGGGGGGCAAUUAAGGCGUGGCAGCACACUGCUUCUCAACCAAAAGGUGCCUAUGACAUCAGAACUGUGGCAUCGCCGUGUAAGAGGAAGACAGCCAGGAUUUUGUAGGGAUGCUGAUGGACGCUUUUCCCUAGAAGGACACCGGAGAGGAGGGCGAGAGGAGCAGAGCUACCGCCUCAGACGGACAGGACGUUUUUAUUAACCGCUCUACUCAGAUUGAAGUGGUUUGACAGGACGUGGUUUAAUCAAAACUUCACUCACAGUCAGCAGUGCUGUUUUCUCAUUGUUGUGAAUGUGCCGGUCUUUUCUUGACAAGACAAAUGAUGCGAUGCACUCCCUGCGGUUGGAAAAUGUUCCGUUUUUAAUGCAGAUCUCAGUUGUUCCUAAUUGUGAAUGUUGUGGAAGCAUUCAUUGUUGACCCAAAAAGGUGUGUGCACGUGUAUGUGUAUGCGUUUUUUGAAUGCAUGGGUGUUUGUAUGUGUGACUGUAUGCUUGUGUGGGUUUGCCUGCGUGUCUGUGUGCGCAUACAAAGAAAAAGUGAAUUUAUAAAGACAGUUGUUAUACAUGAAGUUUACUUUGUGAAGAACAGUAAAACUUUAAUUUUGUUCCACAUACAAAUACAAAAAUUGAAGUGCCGUAAUACCUCAGUAUUCAGUGAAUGUUUGCCAAAAUUAUUCAACAACCAACAUCAACACAACAUAAAGCAUAAUAAACAAAAGGUGCAUUACCUGUAAAUAAAAAAAUAAUGUAAUGCACAUUACAUCUUGUGAUGAAGCUAGGUGCUGUAGUCUGUAGUUAUCUGGAAAAACAAGUUUCUGGAGUGACCACUAGGCCUCCAUGUUCACUUGAUAAAUGUAUUUAAAUAGCCCUGUCCAAAUCACAGAAUUUAUGGAAAUACUAGCAGAAAGAACUUUCUUUGAGGGGUGGAAUUAAACCAAGCAUGUUCUUAUGUGCUGUAUCAGUGGUGCUACAUUUGACCUGUUGUUCACAGGAGCUAUGCUACGGCAAAGAAAAUUGAUAGUUAUAUGUCUUUGUUAUGGUACAGUACAUUUGGUGGACCAUGUAAUUUGUUUAUGUUUCUUAUCAAUCUAACCAGAGCAAUGCAUACUUGUCCUUGAUAACCUCCACAUGAAUUAAAAAUACUUUGACCUAACAUUACACUAGCAACAGUGCAAACAAUAUAUAUCGUAGACAAAAAUAAUUUUUACAUGGCUAUUGGUAUCUGUAGUAAUCAGAUAAUAAACAUCAUGUACACUGUACCCUGUCUAUUUAACAGCAAAUUAAGAGGAUUAUCUUGGUUAAAACUAGGGACUGUAUGAAAGGGCUAUAACACAAGUGUGGACUGACUGACUUUAUUUUUAACAUGUGCAUAUUUUGUAGAUUUUUUUAUGUAAAUACUGGAAUUCAUUAAACUGAUUUAUAAUAAAA